UGUCAGCGGUGUUUUUCUGCUGCAAACUUUAAUUAGACGGCGCCCGGAGCGGAGUCAUUGCACGGUUCGGUGUUCCGUUUCUGUUCGGCGGGCGGCUGGGUUACGUGUGCGUUUGGUGGGAAGCGGUGUGCGGCGUGCACAAUACUUUCAUGUGUCAUUGUUUUUUUGUUUUUUUUUUUUUUUGUGCUGAGUGAGCGACCGUGCUGCUGCUGCUGCUGCUGCUGCUCCUGCUGCUGCUGUCGCUGCCUACAAAGUUCCCCCAGCCAGUGGUAGCAGUUAGCAAGGCAAAGGCUAGCCGUGUAGCUGCGGGGGCUGAACGUCGUUGUCAGAAAAAAAAAAAAAAAAACGAGUGAGUCAGGACGGCUCUCAUCACCAUGUGUUCCGAGCGGGCUGUCUGUCGUGGUAAUAAUGACGAAGCUUCUUUACUACUUUGCCACGUUAGCAGGGAGGAGUGGAUGAUGCGUAAAGGUUUCCUAGCAUUAGCGUCUUGCCGCAAUGGCCUGAGGGACUCUCUGGACUGAAACCAAGGCGCUGAUAUGCAUUGAGGAUGAGUGGAGUCGGUGAAAACCCAUCUGACCCUGCCAGGGCAGAGUCACGAAAACGCAAAGAAUGUUCUGCAGAACUUCUAGGACCCAGUCCCAAGCGGAGCAACGAGAAGCGCAACCGCGAGCACGAGAACAAAUACAUAGAAGAGCUCGCCGAGCUGAUCUUCGCCAACUUCAACGACAUCGACAACUUCAAUGUCAAACCAGACAAAUGUGCAAUCCUGAAGGAAACUGUGAAACAAAUCAGACAAAUAAAGGAGCAAGAAAAAGCAGCAGCAGCGAACGAGGAGGAGGUGCAGAAGGCGGACGUGUCGUCGACAGGCCAAAGUGUGAUUGACAAAGAUGCCUUGGGACCAAUGAUGCUGGAGGCCCUGGACGGCUUCUUCUUUGUGGUGAACAUGGAGGGCAACAUCGUGUUUGUGUCUGAGAAUGUGACCCAGUACCUGCGCUACAACCAGGAGGAGCUGAUGAACACCAGCGUCUACAGCGUGCUGCACGUCGGGGACCACGCCGAGUUCAUCAAGAACCUGCUGCCUAAAUCUCUCGUGAACGGCGUGCCGUGGUCCAGCGAGGGUCCGAGGAGGAACAGUCACACCUUCAACUGCCGAAUGCUGGUCAACCCCCACAGCGAGAGCCAGGACGAGCCUCACGAGCACGAGCCGCAGCAGCAGAAAUAUGAGACCAUGCAGUGUUUUGCUGUUUCAGAGCCCAAGUCCAUCAAAGAGGAAGGAGACGACUUUCAGUCGUGCCUGAUCUGUGUGGCUCGCAGGGUGCCCACGAAGGAAAGACCCAUGCUUCCUACGCACGAGAGCUUCACUACGCGCCAAGACCUGCAAGGUAAGAUAACGUCCCUGGAUACCAGUCUGCUGCGAGCGUCCAUGAAGCCUGGCUGGGAAGAUCUGGUGAGACGCUGCAUACAGAGGUUCCACCUGCAGAACGACGGGGAAAUGUCUUUUGCUAAGAGACAUCAGCAAGAAGUGCUCCGUCACGGCCAAGCGUUCAGCCCCAUCUACCGGUUCUCCCUCUCUGACGGAACCAUCGUCUCGGCCCACACCAAGAGCAAACUGGUGCGCUCACCUGCCACCAACGAACCCCAGCUCUACAUGUCCCUGCACAUUCUACAGAGGGAGCAGACGGUAUGUGGAAUGGGCCAGGACAUGGGUCCUGGAGCACAGGCAACCGGGAUGACUCCCAAACCAAUGAACUCCUCCACUCCCUCCAUGACUCCUCCAACCCCGGGCAGUUUGCCGGGUUCGGGGCCUCAGGGCCAAGACACUACCAUCAGCAGCAACAGCACGCCUUUCUCCCCUCCAGGCCCUACUGGUCCCAGAGAACCAGCAGCCAUGGGGGGCCAUAUGCAGGGCUACCGCUUUGGAUGUCCCCCACCACACAACCACACCGGGGGGAUGCAGCCGCCACAGCAGGGCCCCAACUGGAGGAUGAACAGCCCGUCUCGGGCGAGCCCCAGCCCGGCCGGCGGGCCCCAUCCACCUCAACAGAACUCUAUGCUGUCACCCAGGCACCGGGGUAGUCCUGGGGGGGCGGGCAGCCCUCGUGUAGCAGGAGGCCUGCACUCGCCCUCCCCAGUGGGGAUGUGCGGUGGAGGACCUGGAGGUGCUGGAGGUAGCACGUCUAGCACCCAUGCUAACAGCUACACUAGCAGUUCUCUGUCGGCUCUGCAGGCCCUUAGCGAGUGCCACGGUGUAGGACACGGACACGGACCCCCUCAUGCACAUACACUGGGGUCUCCAGACCGGAAGUUAGGCUCCCCAGCUGGUAUCACGCCAGGAUCAGGGGUAAACACUCACAUGAUGUCAAAACUCGGAGGGGGCAGCAGUGCUACCGGUGGUGCAGGGGACUCAUUUGGACCUCACUCGGAGCUGAGCCAGGGGCUCGCCCAGGGUCAGACGGAGGGCAACCUAGUGGAGCCCAAGGAGGAGAGGGACGGGUCACUCGAGGGCCACGAUUCUCACAACCGUUUGCAUGACAACAAGGGCCACACCAAGUUACUGCAACUACUCACCACAAAACCAGAACCUCUGGAGACACCCCUGUCUCCUGGCGCAGGGGGUGAGGGUAAGGACCAGGCUGGGGCAGGGGUCCGGGGUGGCCACCAAGGAGGGAACACUCACGCCACGUCCCUUAAAGAAAAACACAAAAUCCUCCACCAGCUCCUUCAGAACAGUACAUCUCCUGUAGACCUUGCCAAACUCACUGCAGAGGCUACGGGCAAAGAGCUGGGUCAAGACCAAAGCCAGGGGGCUGGUGGUGCAGCUUCUGGUGCAGACAUAGUUCCCAAGCAGGAGCCGUUGAGCCCAAAGAAGAAGGACAACGCCCUGCUACGCUAUCUACUGGAUAAGGACGACACUGUAUUGAAGGACAAGGUCCCCAAGCUGGAGCCUGGGGAGGUGAAGGUUGAAGGCGGCAAACACCCCCAGGUCAAGGCGGAGAAGCCAGAUGCAGGAUACGAUCGGGCUGAGCAGUCGUCGGAGCUGGAUGACAUCCUGAACGACCUGCAGAAUGCUCAACCCCAGCUCUUCUGCGAGCCGCGGCCCGUUUCGUUGCCCAGUCCCAUGGACAAACAGAACAUCAUCAAUGACAUCCUGCAGAUGUCCGAGACCAAUCCAGCGAUGGCGACGGUGCAGCAGCAGCAGCAGCAACAGCACAGGGGCCUCGGACCUGGCAUGGGCCCGACUAACUUUGGAGGUAUCCGACCAGGCCAGCCAGGCAGGGGUCUACCUGUGAGGAGCAUGUCUCUGGACAUGAAUGUGUCCCCCCAGCAGCCGUCAUUACAGCAGUACCCCAUAAGGGCCACAAGCCCGUACGCUCUCAUGCAGCAGCAGCAGCAGCAGCAGCAACAGCAGCAAGGCAUGGUGGGAAGUCACGGCAUGAUGGCUAACCAGGCCGGUAUGGUCAACGCAGGCAUGAUGGCUCCAGGUGGUCCUCGGCCAGGUAUGCAGCCGCAACAGCAACAGCAACAAGAGGGCUGGGUGGGUUCAGCCUCUGCCCCUCCUCUGGGAGCGUCCGGCCCCGGGCAGCAAGGUGCCAUGCAGGGCAGGAUGGGAUCCAACAGCGCUCCCAUGAGGCCCAACAGCCAGCCAGGGCCCCGACCCAUGCUGCAGUCCCCGAUGAUGGCCGGUGCCCAAGCUGAUAUGGAUAUUGGUAUGGUUGGCCACCAUUUCUCCCAACAGCAGCCUCCGCCCAACCAGACGGCCCCCUGGCCAGACAGCAUGAUGCCAAUUGACCAGACGGCUUUUGUAAACCAGGGCAGACCGGCACCACAGGAGGAUCUGCUGUGCAGCACGGGGCUCGGCUCAGGUGACGGCAGCGCGGUGGAUGAGGGGGCCCUGAUGUCCCAGUUGUACACGGCACUAAAAGAUUUUGACGGCCUGGAGGAGAUUGAUCGUGCUCUGGGGAUCCCUGCUCUAGUAGAACAGAGCCAAUCAGUUGAGCCGGACCAGUUCCCCCAGGAUCCCCCCCUGAUGUUAGACCAGAAGCCCCCGAUGUACGCCCAGCAGUUCGCUCCCCCGACAUCGCACAUGGCACAAAGAGGCUACCCCGGUGCGCCGAUGCAAGAGCCAGGCUUCCACCCUUUGUCUGGCCAGAUGGGCCCACGUCCGGGAUACCCAAUAAUGAGAAUGCAGACCCGGCCCGGUCUCAGACCCGCCGGGGUCGUCCCCAACCAGCCCAACACACUAAGACUGCAGCUCCAGCACCGGCUCCAGUCACAGCAGAACCGUCAGCCAAUGAUGACUCAGAUGAGUGGUGUGUCAAAUGUGAACCUACCUCUUAGAGCCAGUGCUCCAAACCAGGGAUCCAUCAAUGCUCAGAUGUUGGCCCAACGUCAGCGGGAGCUUCUGAGUAACCACCUGAGACAGAGGCAGCAGCAGCAGCAGCAGGUGCAGCAGGCCCAGCAGGUCCAGCAGCAAAGGACCAUGGCGAUGAGGGCCCAGGGCCUCAACCUGCCCCCCAACAUGGCCGCCGGAGGCAUGAGUAACCCCCGGAAUCCUCAGGCCAACCCCCAGCAGUUCCCCUACCCGCCCAGCUACGGUACCAGUACAGGCCUGGCCUCGUCACCUCCUCCUACCAGCCCCUUCUCCUCCCCUCUCUCCCCCAGCCUGCCCUCUCUCCCCCCCAACCCCCAGCUCCACAUGCAUGGCACCUCCUCCUCUUCCUCCACCUCCUCCUCCUCCUCCUCCUCACAGAUGAUGAUGGGAAACACAAACAUGAUGGGCGGACAGUACGGGGCCGUACUCAGCCCCCAAAUGCAGCACAGUGCCUUUCAGUUUCCCAACUCAGGUAUGAGCCAACAGGCAGACGGAGGCUUCGGAGGUCCCGGCACACCGCAGAGCCCCCUGCUUUCUCCACGCAUGGCCCACACGCAGUCCCCGAUGAUGCAGCAGGGCCAAGGAAACGCCGCUUUCCAGGGUUCCCCCGACAUGAAUGGAUGGCCGCAGGGCAACAUGGGGGGCAACAGUAUGUUCUCGCAGCAGCAGGCGUCACCGCAGUUCACCCAGCAGAAUAACAGCAACAUGUACAACGGCAAUGGCAUGAACCUCAACGUCUCCAUGGCCACCAACAUGGCAACCAGCAGCAUGGGCCAGAUGGCCGGACAGAUGAGCGUCACGUCCAUGGCCUCAGGGCCCUCCCCCGGUUUGCCCUCCAUGGGACAAGAACAGAAAUACUGUUGACCCUCACGGAGCUCUUAACCUGAACCUCAGCGAUCAGCUGGUGCAAGGAGCGCCUCGGCCCUUUAAGAGUUAAAAAAAUCACAAAAACCAACCGAGUGCCCCUUGAACCAGCCAGGCCCGCGCCCCGCCCCGCCCCGCCCCGCCCCCUCUCCCCAGCCCGGGUUUGUGCCGUCCGUCCGGGCCGGGCCUUCCACACAUGGGCAGCCCACGCGGACACGGGGGAGCACGAAGAGGGCUGGGGAAGGACCGCGGAUCCCUGUCCCACAUGCCUAACCCUCCUGGAGGAGAGCCUCGCGAUGAGCCAGUCUAUCUGCCUGUCCAGCUGCAUUCACCGUAGUGUGACUUACUGUAGGCCCUCCCGGUGGGGUACACUGACUUAAGGGGGCAGCAGUGGGUGGGAUCCUUUUGUUCUGAUGAAUGUAUUCCUCUCAGCGGACAGCGGCCAUUUACAAUCUCAUCUCAAAAAAGAAAAGAAAAGACAAAAAAAGACGACGUACACUGAUCUUUCUUUCACGUCCUACCUUUCUCGCUCUUGCCUUUUUGCUGUUCUUUUAUUUUAUUAUGAUUAUUAUGGUUAUUUUUUUUUUCUUUUCUUUUUUCCUGUCGUGAAAAUUUAAAGAGUGAAGAUACGGUGGGGAAAAAAAUGAUCUUGAAAAACACUGCAGAAGAAUGGUUUGAGUGGAAUUCUAUGGUUAGACUAAUUUAGUCAAGAGGUUUAUAUAGUGUAUUAAAUUAAGUUUUAUUUUUCUGUAUAGAUUCAUUUUAAUUAUUGUAGAUUCUUUAUCCUAGUAGCAAGAAGAAGAAUAUUUCUAAAAGUGCAAAAGAGGCACUUUUUUUUUAUAAUUUUAACAGUAAUGGUUGUAUUGUUUCUGAGAAGGUCCUUCUAUUAACCUGAAUAAUGGAUUAUGCUUUGGUCCUGUAGUUUCAGAAGAUGUCAAAAUCAAAUAUGGUUUUAAAUGAAUUGCAGAGAUUGUACAUACCAAUAAGUAAAACGUUUUUGUUUUUUUUUCUUUCCUAUUUAUUUUAUUCCUUAGGGUUUUGGUUCUCCCGACCUGGUGAAGCAGAGCAGUUAUUUUUGUUUCGUUUAUUUGGGGGGGAAACCUCGGGGAACCUUCUGACGUUCUGGUACGACUCGGACGAGAGGGGGGGUGGGGAUGUAGGGACGGGGUUGUAAAAGGGGUGUGCUGUGUAUACAGUGUACAGAUUAUCGCUUGCUUCUCUGCCUUUAGCAUAGAACACAACAAACAAAAAAAGAAAAACGACAAAAAAAAAGAGGAAAAAAGUUCAACACAGCCAUACAGUAACUCAAAAAACAUAUAAAAAGUGUGCUUUCUAUGUUGUCUGGAGUGAAAAAUGCUUCAUACAAGCUGCUAGGUGCAAACUGUUCUGGUGUGAUGUAAACAAGCAAUAACAAUUACUUGAUUACUCUUGGAUUUUUUUUUUUUUUUUUUUUUUUUUGUAAGUUUUGUACAGUGAAUAAAAAGGACACAUUUUUGCUCCGCGUUUGGAUGCAGUAUUAAACACGGUUUUUUAUUGCAGUUUGUACCAAGAAAGUCCACACACACAUUAGAUUAUGCAGCUGAGACCUGGAGAGGGGAGGGAGGGGGGGGGGUGGCAGUUUGUGAACCCUCCCUCCCCACCUGCCCUGCGCGCGCGCCUCCCCCCCCCACCACCACCUCCCCCCCUGCCUCCCCUCAUUGGCACGCGCCACUCUCUGCCUCCAGCCAUUCUUCUAUAGCAGAGGUCAGAGUUAAGACUGCACGGUUCGCCCGCUCUGACAGACACUUAGCCAUAUUUUAUGACCUCAGGCAGUUAGUUCAACUAUAAAGUGUUCACUAAUGACAUGCUGUUCUUGGAGGGGUUUGCUUUUGACCUUCGCAAGAUCGAGUCAUCUUCUCUAACCUCAAAUUUCCUUUUAAAAAGAAAAAGGAGAAGAAGAAGAAAAAAAAAGAACUCUUUUUAUAUUAACUAUUUUAAACCCAGGACAGACUUUUGAGCAAAGCCAAAUAAUCCUCACAUUUCAAUUGGAUUAAUUGUUUUUUUCUUUUGAGACGCCACUUGUUUGGUGGCGCGAGGCCCACAGGAAAAAAAAAUAAAAAAAUUCUCAUGAUGUCACUUAACAGGGUCUGAUGUAAACAAACAAACAAACAAAAAAAAAAAAAACAGGAAGAGGUUCACUCUGAAUGUAUUUAAGGCUGAAGGAUGUGGCAGACGACGGUGUUUCUUACCAACGUGCGGACGCCGCGCUCGUCCCAGCGUUUCAAAGUUGCCCGUUGUUGCUCCUUUUUCAUUUUUUAUGUAGUUCUACAUUAAAUUUGAAGCUGUUGCAAGCCAACUUUGGUCUUCGGGGAGGGCGGAGGAGUAGUUGCGGGCCUACGGGAAGAUCACACAUUUUUGAUAAAUGCUCUUUUGAUUGUAAAAAUAAAAGAAAAAAAAAGAUGACGAUAACAAUAACGGUAGUGCGAAAUCAGCCUUUUGAGCCAUUUUAAAGAAGGAUUCACAGCCCUUUGCAAAAUUUCCAAAGAUUGUCAACAUUUUAAAACAAAUGACUUAAAAGCCAUGUGGUAGCAGUGCAUUUUUUUAGCAUUUAUAAUGAGGACAGGAGCAAAUAAAUGCCCCUUUAAAGGAUAUAUAUAUAUAAAAAAAAGAACAUCCAGGCUUUGAACCCAGUAAACAAAACUAUUUUUUUCUGUCUAACUUAUGGUUUUAAAGAACUUUAAAUGCCCUUUUGUAUUGUCUGCCAAUUUCUUAGAGCUAAGAUGCAACCUUGAAAUGCUAAAAACCCUAGCAUAAUGCCUUAGAUUUCGUCCGUUCUCGUUCUUGUACAUUACACCUGCUGUCUGUAUAAAUUUGUAUAAUGACUUGUGUACAAUAUUGAAUGGGUGCAUCAUUGUUCAACUCUUCUCAGCUGCUGGAGAUCACAGUUCCCCCCCUCCCUUCCCUCUCUCCCCCCUCCCUCCCAUCAUUGCUCUCUGUUCUGUGUUGGGUUGGAGACUCUUGUUUGUUUCUAUGGUGAAAAUGACAUUAGGGAUACUGAAGCAAUAUGUAAUAUACUACAUGGACUUUCUGAGAAAAGCUUACUGUUGUGUUUUCAUUUUCCCUCCCCUCAAAGGUAUGUUUUCUUUUCUCUGCAUUGUUCACCUGGAGUCUCACUGUAUACCCGCAUCGAUCUUCUCUGUACCCUAGUGUGUGUGUGUGCGUGUGUGUGUGCGUGCACGAGUGUGCGCGUGCGUGUGUGCGUGAGCGUUUUAUGCAAAAUUAGAUAUACAAGAGAAGUUUAAACCACAGUUAUGCAAGUUGUGAACUAAUAUGGCUUCGCUGAUGCUAUUUGCCUUGUAAAUAAAGAAUUCUGUUAUUGCAUUAUUUAA